AUGUCUCCCUUAACUAGAACCGUGGCAAUAAGGAAAACAAUAAAGGUUCUAUCCAAAUGUCAAUCAGGUAGAGAGUACACACAGAAGUUUCUCCAACGUGCAUAUACAACAUCGCACACAAAUAACACAUAUUAUUCAAGGACAAAGUUAUUCAUAUCAUCACAUUCCAAAGCUCUAAACAUAGCUCUAUUAAGUGGGUCCCUUCUUUUGACCUAUUCCUACUAUACGCCUAAAAAGAUCCUCUCCCUUGAUACAAUUAAUGGAAUAAAGGAUUACUCUACAAAUAGCAGUGACAAUACUAACAUGCCGUCAACUAAAUCAAAGGAAACACAAACGCAAAAUAAGCAACGGUCUCAGAACGACCAAUCCGUACCCAUCUUAAACGAUUCUAAAAUAGAGGCUAAACUACAUGAUAGAGAGGAAAGCCACUUUGUUAACCGUGGUACUGGAAUAUUCAGGUAUGAUGUGGCGCAGUUGCCCUCCAACCAUCCAAUAGAAGAUGAUCACGUGGAGCAAAUCAUUACCAUUCCAAUAGAAAGUGAGGAUGGCAAGUCCGUAGAGAAAGAUUUGUAUUUUUUUGGAAUUUUUGAUGGACAUGGUGGCCCUUUCACUUCAGAAAAAUUAUCUAAAGAUUUAGUCCGUUAUGUGGCCUACCAAUUAGGUCAGGUUUAUGACCAAAACAAAACUGUUUUCCACUCCGACCCCAACCAAUUAAUCGAUUCUGCAAUUUCGAAAGGGUUUUUGAAACUUGAUAAUGAUCUUGUCAUCGAAUCAUUUAGAAAACUGUUCCAAGAUCCAAACAAUGUAAAUAUUGCAAACACUUUACCUGCCAUUUCCGGUUCUUGUGCACUACUGAGUUUAUACAACUCUAGUAAUUCAAUUUUGAAAGUAGCCGUCACUGGAGACUCGAGGGCUUUAAUUUGUGGUUUAGACAAAGAGGGAAAUUGGACAGUAAAGUCAUUAUCCACUGAUCAGACCGGUGAUAAUCUGGAUGAAGUACAGAGAAUUAGGAAAGAACAUCCAGGAGAACCUAACGUUAUAAGAAACGGAAGAAUAUUAGGCUCAUUACAACCAUCUAGGGCAUUUGGAGAUUAUCGUUACAAGAUCAAAGAAGUCGAUGGAAAACCACUGUCGGAUUUGCCCGAAGUUGCCAAGCUUUAUUUUAGAAGGGAACCAAGGGAUUUCAAGACACCCCCAUAUGUGACUGCAGAACCGGUAAUCACUUCUGCUAAAAUUGGUGAAGACACUAAAUUUAUGGUGAUGGGCUCGGAUGGUUUAUUCGAAUUGCUAACUAAUGAAGAAAUCGCUUCCUUGGUUAUCAGAUGGAUGGAUAAAAAUAUAAGCCUGGCACCUGUCAAAGCAGAACCGGGGCGGUUACCAAAAGUCAUUGAUUUGUCGGAGGACAAGGAAGCACAAAGACCGGCAUUCAGAUAUAAGGAUGAUAAAUCCAGGUCGCCAUCAGGUUCAAACCCGGAGUAUCUUAUCGAAGACAAAAACGUCGCCACUCAUUUAAUUAGGAAUGCAUUAAGUGCGGGUGGAAGAAAAGAAUACGUAUCAGCACUGGUUAGUAUACCAUCACCAAUGAGUAGAAGAUACAGAGAUGAUCUGACAGUCACAGUAGCGUUCUUUGGUGAUUCCGGAACACCUUCAAACAUAUCUGGUGCUAAUUCAAUAGUUAUGAACCCGGAGGCAACAACAAAGCCAAAACCUAGAUUAUGA